GAGCGAACGAGACCGGAGGCUUCGACGUCCCAAGGCCCACGGCCACCCUGCUCCUCUUGCAUCCCUCUCUCCUCGGCUAGGGCGUAGACCAGUCGGCCUUUCCCUUUUCCUUUCCUUUUCUGGUGCUCAAGAACCGCCGGCACCGGCACCGGCACCGGCACCGACAACGAGAACCACGCCGGCUUCGUUGGAAGCAGUGAGCUGGGAUAGGGGAACUUGAGGAUUACUUGGAUCAUUGAUUUGAGGAAGGCUCGUGUAAAUAUCUAGGAACGAUUUUUAGACGAUGAAGUUUAUAGAGAGCAUGAUCUAAGAUAUGAGGUCUGAGAAUUAUGAAGCUCUGCACAACUAUGGGUUCUCAAGCGGAUAUGGAACUUCGAACUCCUUUAGCAGAAAAUGUGUUGAUGAAGGAGGCCGAUUUUGGUUUCCCUUCAUCCUCUCCAAUGGCUGUUGUUACUCAGAAACCAGCCAAAAAACCUACAAGACAAUGGGCUGCUUGGACACGUCAGGAGGAGGAAAACUUUUUCAAUGCAUUACGACAAGUUGGCAAGAAUUUUGAGAAGAUAACUUGUCGAGUUCAAAGUAAAAAUAAAGAUCAGGAUAAUUCUGGCUCCUGUCAGAAAAUGCUCGAUGUAUGUAAUGCAUCCAAGGUCCAGCUUUUUCUAACUGUGAAAUGCAUUACGGUCAGGCAUUAUUAUUAUCGUCUUGUGAGACGCAUGAAUAAGCUUCUGGGUCCUGGGUUUUAUCUUGAUGCAAAAAACUCCAAAGAUACCAAUGCUGCAAUGCUUCGGUGGUGGUCUUUACUUGAAAAGUAUAGCUGCACUGCUUCCAAAUUGCAUUUGAAGCCUCGAAGGUUUAAAAUAUUUGUAGAAGCUUUGGAAAAUCAACUUUUAAAGGACCGCAACAAAACUAAAAGAAGGCGUCCUCAUGGAGAUAUUUAUUCACCUACACCUUCAACACAAGUUGUCAGUAGGGUACCAGGGAAUGAUGCUCGUUCACUGAAGCUGCUAACUGUUGAUGCUCAAACCACUAAUAAAGUAGGAGCUACUAAAGGGGCUUCCUUCAAGCGCAAUGUUAAUGCAAACAUGAACUUCAGUAAAGGAGACUCCAGCAUGAAAACUGCAAAGCAAAAACGAAGAACAGGUGUUGUUGCCUCAGCUGAAUAUAGAAGUUGGGAAGAGGCUGCAAUGGCUGGUGUUUCCUUGGUUGCUGAUGCUGCUGAACAGUUGGAGCGAGCAGCCAAUGAUAGAAAUGGUUUUUCUGAUGGAAGAACCUGCAAUAUGUUGCCAAAAGAGAUGUAUAACUGUAAUAAUGAAAUUUGCUCCCAUCAGAUUGAAACAAUUAUGCAACCACGUGUGAAAUUGAAGCUGCAGUUAUUUCCGAUAGAUGAAGGUACCCGCAGAGCACUGGAAAAGGAUGCGCACAAUCCACAUCUGGAGCUCACUUUAAGUGCUCGGAAAAAGAUAUCAUCAGUUCUAGACCAUCUCAAUCGCAAAUGGGGCAACUCAAGCAUUGCAUCUGGAGAACUCAUGCUUUUCCCCUAUGAUGUUCAGCUGUUGGAAUUAGCAAGUUGCCGAAGGUGGGCUAUCACAGACACUGCUGCAAGUGCAGCAGAUGUGUAUGCUACCAUUGGUAGUCCUGCCAUUUUUCGUUUAAGGUAUGGCUGGUUGUCCAGUGUGGAAUUGAGGUCAGGGAUUGUUCAUGUACCUUCUACACCUAUUCAAUCUGAGAACUGCAUGCUGUCUGAAGGCAUUCUAAAUGGGAAUAACAUAAUGAGUGGCCCUGAUGCAAAAUGCAUCAACACUGAUGCUCCACCUAUCAGAGAAUUCUCUGGUCAACCUCAGCAGUUAUCAGAAGAUCAACAAACAUCUGUAAUAGCUCUUGCAACAUCAAAUAUUGAUCCUCCUGAGCCUAUGAAUGAAGUUAACUGUGUCAAACCUAUGCACGAACUUCCAGAGAACUCUGGAAAAGAACCUUUCUCCAGGAGUGGAGAAGAAACUAAAGAUCUGAGUAGUGGACCACAACAGGAGGAUGAGGGUAAUGCGGGAAUGAAAUGUGUCACACUGUCUGCUGGAGAAUGGGCUGAUAGUCUAACCAAUGUAAGUGUCGGGGACUUACUAUCUGAAGCGUCAAAAGCUGCUAAGGACAGUUGCCUGGAUUCCCCUGCUGGAGCAAGUGCUUCAUGCCUUCAGCAGAUACACUUUAGCUGUGAUUCAUUUGAUGCAGCUAUUGCUGCUCAUAUAUCUGGUCAUCAGUUGCUGCCACCAACCACGCAGGCAUUCCAGGCAUCUAUCUGGAAUGCUGAAGAAACUUGUGAUGAAUUUUCCUUUCCAGCUAUGAAGCGAGAUGGUUCAAAUCCUUCGACCAAUUCCUCUAUUGGAGCCUCCAGAGAAAUUACUUAUCCAAGUUCAUUAGGGUUCCAGGGUUAUCUUAAGGAACUUGCUGAAUCCAGACCUGCAGAUGAUCCUUCUAAUGAAUAUGUGACAGCUGAACCUGAAUCCGACAAAGACUCGUCUUUUAAUGACAGAGAUAAUCCUCAAAAGGAUCCCUGUCUCCAAGACAUUUAUUGGCCCGAUUCUUUAGGUCCAUUGGACUUGGAUAUGCCGUCCCCUAGAUACCAUGGCCAAGAUCUAGUUUUUGGAGAUAGUCUCAGUGGCUUGAGUCGUUUAAUAGCCAGCAGCCUUGAUGCAUUUCAGAACUGCUCAUUCUUCAGCUUGGAGAAAGAGUCAUCUGCGACUGGAGCUUGUGGAGCAUCCUUUCUCUUAGAUGAUAAAGUUGUUGGUGAGUGAAGUGACUACUCCAAUUGUGAAGUGUUUUCAUCUGCUCUACGAGUUGCUUCCAAAUUUCUUCUCACCAAUGCAACUGGAAGAUGAUUGGCUGAGAAGACGGGGGCUCUAUUCAAUCAACAGUAGUGAGCUUCUGUCUUUUUUCUGUACAUGAUCUGAUUCAGGCUAGUGCAAGUACAUGAUCUGCUUGGUUCUUGUUUGUACAUGAACUGACAGCCACAGAGAUUAUCCGAAAGUUCUGUGAUGUAAACAGGCUUGAGUAUCUCGACUCUUGUAAAAAAAGCACGCUCUAACAGUCAAGAAAAUUGUCCAUAAUAAAUUUCCAGGUGUAUGUGAGGCCAUUUGAGUACCAA